UGCAGCCGCAGUAGCAGCAGCCACAGUAGCAGCCACAGUAGCAGCAGCCACAGUAGCUGUAGUAGCAGCCACAGUAGCAGCCACAGUAGCAGCAGCCACAGUAGCUGUAGUAGCAGCCACAGUAGCAGCAGUAGUAGCAGCCACAGUAGCAGCAGUAGUAGCAGCCACAGUAGCAGCAGUAGUAGCAGCCACAGUAGUAGCAGACACAGUAGCAGCAGUAGUAUAAGCCACAGUAGCAGCAGUAGAAGCAGACACAGUAGCAGUAGUAGUAGCAGACACAGUAGCAGCAGUAGUAGCAGACACAGUAGCAGCAGUAGCAGCAGCCACAGUAGCAGCAGUAGCAGCAGACACAGUAGCAGUAGUAGUAGCAGAAACAGUAGCAGCAGUAGUAGCAGACACAGUAGCAGCAGUAGCAGCAGCCUCAGUAGCAGUAGUAGUAGCAGACACAAUAGCAGUAGUAGUAGCAGACACAGUAGCAGCAGUAGCAGCAGCCACAGUAGCAGUAGUAGUAGCAGCCACAAUAUCUAG